AUGGCAUGGGAAAAUCAGACUUUCAACUCUGAUUUCAUCCUGCUGGGAAUCUUCAAUCACAGCCCCACCCACAUCUUCCUCUUCUCUCUGGUCUUGGGCAUCUUCACAGUGGCCUUCAUGGGAAACACAGCCAUGGUUCUCCUCAUCUACCUGGACACCCAGCUCCACACACCCAUGUACUUCCUCCUCAGCCAACUCUCCCUCAUGGACCUCAUGCUCAUCUGCACUACUGUACCCAAGAUGGCCUUCAACUAUUUGUCUGGCAAGAAGUCCAUCUCUUUGGCUGGUUGUGGUGCCCAGAUAUUCUUAUAUGUGUCCCUGCUUGGAGCUGAAUGUUUCCUGUUGGCUGCAAUGGCCUAUGAUCGUUAUGUCGCCAUUUGCCACCCGUUACGAUACUCAGUUCUCAUGAGCCAGAAAACCUGUGGUCUUAUGGCUGUUUCUUCCUGGAUUUUUGGCUCCCUUGAUGGUAUAAUUGUCAUUGCUGUUGCAUUGUCCUUUUCAUAUUGUAGUGCCUGGGAAAUACCCCAUUUUUUCUGUGAUGUCCCAGCCCUUCUCACUCUCUCAUGCACUAACACAUUGCUAUUUGAAAGGCUAAUGUUUAUUUGCUGUGUAAUUAUGCUUCUCCUACCUGUAGCAGUCAUUAUUGCUUCCUAUACUCAUGUUAUUCUGGCUGUCAUUCGCAUGGGGUCAGGGGAAGGUCGCCGCAAAGCUUUCACCACCUGUUCCUCCCACCUCAUGGUGGUGGGAAUGUACUAUGGAGCUGCCAUGUUCAUAUACAUGCGGCCUGUUUCUGAUCGUUCCCCCACCCAGGACAAGAUGGUGUCAGCCUUCUACACCAUCCUCACUCCCACGCUGAAUCCCCUCAUCUACAGCCUCCGCAACAAGGAAGUGGCCAGAGCUUUCAUGAAGGCGUUAGGGAAGGGCAAAUCUGGAGAGCAAAUUGCCUAG